AUGGACACUAAUAAUCAACUUUAUCAAGUCGAACUACAAUUAACAUCAGAUGAUGACCAACAACUACGAUUACUUACUGAUCGGAUACGAGAGGACGCUACUGGUGGUACUGGAUGGCAGAGAUUGGGUAGCUUAUUGCUUAAAAUUGGUCAAUUUAAUAAAGCUGAAGAACUUUAUAAUGUAUUACUCGAACAGACAUCUGAUGAGGAUGAAAAGAAACAUUAUUAUAAUCAGCUGGGAUAUAUCAACGAUGGGCAGGGUGAUUAUGAAAAGGCUAUUUGGUAUUACGAACAAGGACUGCAAACCGAUCAAAAAACUCUUUCUGCAAAUCAUCUAGAUUUAAUUACUUCAUACAACAACAUCGGCAGUGCAUAUGACAGGAUGGGAGAAUAUUCGAAAGCACUGUCAUUUUUCGAAAAAGCACUUGAAAUUGAUCAAAAAACUCUUCCUUCAAAUCAUUCUUAUUUGGGUAGUCUAUAUAACAACAUUGGCAGUGUGAAUGACAAGAUAGGAGACUACUCGAAAGCAAUUUCAUUUUACGAGAAAGCACUUGAAACUAAACAAAAAACUCUUCCAUCAAAUCAUCCUUUAUUGGGUGCUUCAUACAGCAACAUCGGUUUGGUGUAUAAUAAGAUGGGAGAAUACUCGAAAGCGCUUUCAUCACACGAAAAAGCCUAUAAAAUCUUUCGAAAAACUCUUCCUUCAAAUCAUCCUGAUUUGGCUACUUUCUACAACAAUAUCGGUAAUGUAUAUGACAAGAUGGAAGAGUACUUGAAAGCACUUUCAUUUUUCGAAAAAGCAUUUGAAAUUCGACAAAAAGCUCUUUCCUCAGAUCAUCCUUCAUUGGCUACCUCAUACAGCAACAUAGGUUUGGUGUAUAAUAAGAUGGGAGAAUACUCGAAAGCACUUUUAUCUCACCAAAAAGCCUAUAAAAUCUAUCAAAAACUCUUCCUUCAAAUCAUCCUGAUUUGGCUACUUCAUACAACAAUAUCGGUUUGUGUAUACAACAACAUCGGUACUGUGUAUGACAGUAUGGGAAAGUACGCGAGAGCACUUUCAUUUUAUGAAAAAGCACUUGAAAUUGAACAAAAAAUUCUUCCUUCAAAUCAUCCUGAUUUGGCUACCUCUUAUAACAGCAUCGGUGGUGUGUAUGACAACAUGGGAGAGUACUCAAAAGCACUCUUAACUCACCAAAAAGCACUUGAAAUUCGACAAAAAGCUCUUCCUUCCAAUCAUCCUUCAUUAGCUACUUCAUACAACUACAUCGGCUUAGUGUAUGACAGUAUGAGAGAGUACUCAAAAGCACUUUCAUCUUACGAAAAAGCACUUGAAAUCUAUCAAAAAACUCUUCCUUCAAAUCAUCCUGAUUUGGCUACUUCAUACAACAAUAUCGGUACUGUGUAUGACAGAAUGGGAAAGUACGCGAGAGCACUUUCAUUUUACGAGAAAGCACUUGAAAUUGAACAAAAAAUUCUUCCUUCAAAUCAUCCUUCAUUAGCUACUUCAUACAACAAUAUUGGUGGUGUGUAUGAUAGUAUGGGAGAGUACUCGAAAGCACUUUCAUCUCACGAAAAAGCAGUUGAAAUUCGAGAAAAAACUCUUCCUGCAAAUCAUCCUUUAUUGGCUACUUCAUACAACAACAUCGGUUUGGUAUAUCAAAGCAUGGGAGAGUACUCGAAAGCACUUUCAUCUCACGAAAAAGCACUUAAAAUUUGGCAAAAAACUCUUCCCUCGAAUCAUCCUUCAUUGGCUACUUCAUACAACAACAUCGGUACUGUGUAUUACAAUACGAAAGACUAUUCGAAAGCACUGUCAUAUUAUGAACGUGCUUUGGACCUAUUUGAACGUGUAUUACCUCCAACUCAUCCUGAUAUAAAAACUGUGAAAGAGAGUAUUGAAAUUGUAAAAGAAGAAAUUAUAGAGAAUAGUUGA